AAUUACUGACCUUAAUUCGUUAAUGGAGUACAAGGCAGGUACUUGGCCCUCUGUGGAAUGAAUUUGACGCGUGCUUUAAAUACAACCAUGAGGAGAACUGUAGGAAAUGUUAUGCUGAAGUACUGAAAUUCCCAAGAAACAAAUGGUUCUCAGAAUGUUUAGCUAUAUGGGUAUCCUGCAGUAUUCCCAGAACAUGGUGGGAAGGUUGUAUGAAAAACCACUCGCCAAGCUCUAAGAAAAAUGGUUCUCAGAACGUUUUACGCUAGCUGGGAAAUCAGCACACCUAGUCUUUAAGCUAAAUUGAUUAGGCUAAUUCUCCUGUUUUUUAGUUUUUUUAAUCCUAUAGCAAUACGCUUUUGGAAACCUUUUAACGUAACUGUCAUAAAUAACUUUUAAAAUAGAAAAUAUACAUACUAUGCACAGUUUAGUGAAAUUGUAUCCGGCUGUUUUCACCCUUCGCUACGACGUCCUCUCACUUUGUGCUGACAUUUCCAUUGGACCAUUCCACAUACCUGGAUGCUUCGCACAUAUCUCUCUAAAUAAAGCCAGGUGCAGCUUUCCUAGACUGUGUACUGGCCGGCUGGAGAGUUCAAAGAAGAGAUGGAAGAACACCAAGUCUUACUACUCAAAGAUAAAGGAAAAAGAAAACCGAAAGGAAUGGAGAAGGAAACUGAAAAAAAGAGGCACCGAUUCACCCCUGGAGAUGAGGAUCUUAUUAUUUCAGGGGUACUUGGGCACUGGGAGGACCUCUUCGGCGCCCAGGCCCACAUUCGCCCCCGGGGGUCAAAGACUGCAACCUGGAACACCAUCGCUGGGACCUUGACCUCGGCUGUGGCGAGAUGUGGUGACGAUGUCCGGAAGAAGUACAAUCUCAUAAGGAGCCAAAUCAAGCAAAAGGUUUCCUCUAUCCGGACAUUGUCCACCCAGACUGGUGGGGGGCCCAACACCGUGCCGGCGCUGACCGACCUGGAGCAGCAACUUUUCUCCCGAAUGGCAGAGACCGAAGCUGGUGUAGGGCCUGUUGAUUUGGGAUUUGGUCUCUCUCAGGGAGAAAUCUCCAGCUCUGGUCCCCCACCAGCAGCAGAGGGAACUGUGGAGUCAGCUUUACCCUCUGUCACCAUGGAGGAGCUACCCUCCACCUCACCAUCAACACCUUGGCCAGCACCAACAGUGCCACCCCAACCCAUCAUCUCCCGUCCUGCACCAGCUCACUCUGGCUCUGCUCCCCAACCCAUGACCUCCCGUCCUGCACCAGCUCACUCAAUCCACUCUCAAUCAAUGAAUCAAAUUUAUUUUACAAAGCCCUUUUUACAUCAGCAGUUGUCACAAAGUGCUUUACAGAUACCCAGCCUGAAACCCCAAAUAGCAAGCAAUGCAGAUGCACUCUCUGGCUUUGCUCCCCAACCCAUCACCUCCUGUCCUGCACCAGCUCAUUCCAUCCACUCUGGCACCGCACCCCAACCCAUCACCUCCCGUCCUGCACCAGCUCAUUCCAUCCACUCUGGCUUUGCUCCCCAACCCAUCACCUCCUGUCCUGCACCAGCUCAUUCCAUCCACUCUGGCACCGCACCCCAACCCAUCACCUCCCGUCCUGCACCAGCUCAUUCCAUCCACUCUGGCACCGCACCCCAACCCAUCAACUCCCGUCCUGCACCAGCUCAUUCCAUCCACUCUGGCUUUGCUCCCCAACCCAUCACCUCCUGUCCUGCACCAGCUCAUUCCAUCCACUCUGGCACCGCACCCCAACCCAUCACCUCCUGUCCUGCACCAGCUCAUUCCAUCCACUCUGACUCUACACCCCAACCCAUCACGUCUGGCUGGACACCACAAGGCCCCCAAGCCAAUCUGCUCCAACAAAUCCUGGACACACAAACGCAACAAAUCCAUGUUACACAGACCGCCCAGCACAUCCACCAAGCUCUUUAUGAUUUAUUAGAAAAAGCACAUGAAACACAGAAGGCACACCUGGAUGUGGAGAAGAACCGGCUCCAGCUGGAUAGAGAGCGCUUGAGGGUGGAGACAGAGCGCCUGCAGGUGGAGAGGGAGCGCCUCAAGAUUGAGAAGGAUCGCCUGGGGGAAGGGGAGGCGCUUCGGCAGCUCUCUGUCUCCGGGUCAGUCGCCCUAGAACACCAGACGCCUGUGAGUUCAAGAACUGCCAGUGCCUCCCCCACCCUUCUUCUGGGAACACCAUCAGCCUCCAUGUCCAGUCCCCUCACAUUAAUAUCACCUACUGCACCACACUUUGAUUUCUUAUUUUCCCCAUUCCCAUUACCGGUAAUCACAACCCAUUCCACCCAGCCAUCACAAAUCAGCCCUGCCCCAACCUCUCCUACCUUAAACAUUCCUGCCUCAACCUCCCUUACCUUAACCAGCUCUGCCUCAACCUCUCCUACCUUAACCAGCUCUCCCCACUCUCUCAUCCCUCCAAUCUCCGGAUCUGUUAAACGGCGAGUUCAGGAGACAGUCCGGCCUUGGCCUACACCCACUGCUAAGAAUACAAAACAUCAAUAAACAAAUAAUGUAAUAAAAUACAAGUUUCUUUUCUUACAGCCUCUUCACACUUACUACACAUUACUCACAUGUAAUCGUGCGUACUUGCUACGUAGAGAGAGUGGAAAGAUGAUAGGUCCUCCGUAAGUUUAGUUUUCUUCCAGUUCUGUGUAACUGUUCUGUUAGCAACCGUGAUCUGUUAGCAACCGUGAUCUGUUAGCAACCGUGAUCUGUUAGCAACCCUGAUCUGUUAGCAACCCUGAUCUGUUAGCAACCCUGAUCUGUUAGCAACCCUGAUCUGUUAGCAACCCUGUUCUGUUAGCACGUAGUGAGUCACUCAGUCAUGGAGCAGGAGAGGAGGAUCGGGCUGCCCGGGAGGAAAGGGAACAGUUGGAGUCGAAGCUCUGAGACAGGAUUGUGUUGCGGAACAGAUCUGGGGAAAGUUACCAACACAUUUGUGCAGCAUUUAAGAUCCCCAAAAACACUGCCUCCAUCAUUCUUAAAUGGGAGACGUUUGCAACCACCAAGACUCUUCCUAGAGCUGGCCGCCUGCCCAAACUGAGCAAUCGGUGUAGAAGGGCCUUGGUCAGGGAGGUGACCAAGAACCCCAUGGUCACUGACAGAGCUCCUCUGUGGAGAUGGUUGUCCUUCUGUAAGGUUCUCCCAUCUCUGUAGCACUCCACUAAUCAGGCCUUUAUGGUAGAGUGACCAGAUGGAAGCCAAUCCUCAGUAAAAGGCACAUGACAGCCAGCUUGUGGUUUGCCAAAUGGCACCUAAAGGACUCUCAGACCACGAGAAACUACAUUCUCUGGUCUGAUGAAACCAAGAUUGAACUCUUUAACUUUAAUGCCAAGCAUCACGUCUGGAGGAAAUCUGGCACCAUCCCUACGGUGAAGCGCGGUGGUGGCAGCAUCAUGCUGUGGGAUGUUUUUCAGAGGCAGGGACUGGGAGUCGAGGGAAAGAUGAACGGAGCAAAGUACAGGGAGAUCCUUGAAAACCUGCAGCAGAUUGCUCAGGACCUCAGACUGCUGCGAAGGUUCACCUUCCAAGAGGACAACAACCCUAAGCACACAGCCAAGACAACGCAGGAGUGUCUUCGGGAGAGGUAUCUGAAUGUCCUUGAGUAGUCCAGACAUGAACCCGAUCAAACAUCUCUGGAGAGACCUAAAAAUAGCUGUGCAGCGACGCCCCACACCCAACCUGACAGAGCUUGAGAGGAUCUGCAGAGAAGAAUGGGAGAAACUCCCCAAAUACACGUGUGCCAAGUUUAUAGCGUCAUACAGAAGAAAACCCAAGGCUGUAAUCGCUGCCGAAGGUGUUUCAACAAAGUACCGAAUAAAGGGUAUGAAUACUUAUUUAAAAAUGUAAUAUUUCCGUUUUUUAUUUUCAUACAUUUGCAAACAUUUCUACAAAUCUGUUUUUACUUUGUCAUUAUAGGGUAUUGUGUGUAGAUUGAUAAGGGGGAAACAAUUUAAUCCAUUUUAGAAUAAUGUUGUAACGUAACAAAAUGUGGAGAAAGUCGAGUCUGAAUACUUUCCGAAAGCGCUUUAUCGGUUUGGGCUUCUUGUGGUUAAUAUGCAGUCGUUCCGGCCCCCUGACCAAAUUGUCCCGUGUCCGCAUAUCUAGUUGAUGAUCCGUGAUGUAUGCCUUUGCAUCCUGUAAUUUAAAGAACACUCACACAGUAUGUCAGCACUAUUGUGUUGAUUGAUUGAUUCCAGGGGGGAAAAAUUAUUCAAAAAGCCUUGGUAGCCUAGUCACCCGAAGUGUGACUAAAAACCAAAUGUUCGCGCAUUCAGAUUUUCUCAAAACAUAAAUAAAUGGGCGUAUUUUAGGCUAUAAAACAUGACGUUUCCCCUGGCCAUGUCCAGAUGGGUUCAGAGUUCAGUCUUCUCUAGACUACCUGCAGCUCUGGUUGUUAUCCAGUGCUGGUCCUUGCCAUUCUGAGACCCAUUUUCGUUUCUGAAUAAAAGUUGAAAAUACGCAUUUCCCGGAUGUUUUUAAUCAGGGACAUUUUCGGUUCUGAAAAGUUGAAAAGACGUCAUUUUUAGAGGUCUAUGUUUGGGAUAAAUUAAGGCUGGUUCAGACCGAACAAAAUCUGAACCAAACUUCUAUGAUUGGUUCAGAUUUGGACUGCACAAAAAAAAGACAUCAGCGUCGGUCGGUGCGUGACAUCAGCGUCGGUCGGUGCGUAACAGCAACAACCGUUCACACGGACCCAGAAACCCCGGGACUGAGUGUCUUUAAUGUAUCAAGCAAGAUAUUGAGCCCUGCCCAUGUCUCCUUGCUUAAUAUUAAAGGGUUGUCUUUUGUGCCUACAAUUCAGUGCAACGAUUUCGAUGUUAAGGUAGACAUGUUUUUAUUUUCAUGUCUUUAUCGACUUGUGUAAUUAUACCAUUCGUAGAACAGCUCCCCCUCCUUUAUAAAGGACACCAGCGGUAUGGUCUCAGAACAGCUCCCCUCCUAAAGGACACCAGCAGUAUGGUCUCAGAACAGCUCCCCUCCUAAAGGACACCAGCAGUAUGAUCUCAGAACAGCUCCCCUCCUAAAGGACACCAGCGGUAUGGUCUCAGAACAGCUCCCCUCCUAAAGGACACCAGCAGUAUGGUCUCAGAACAGCUCCCCUCCUAAAGGACACCAGCAGUAUGGUCUCAGAACAGCUCCCCUCCUAAAGGACACCAGCAGUAUGGUCUCAGAACAGCUCUCCUCCUAAAGGACACCAGCAGUAUGAUCUCAGAACAGCUCUCCUCCUUUAUAAAGGACACCAGCAGUAUGAUCUCAGAACAGCUCCCCUCCUUUGUAAAGGACACCAGCAGUAUGAUCUCAGAACAGCUUCCCUCCUUUGUAAAGGACACCAGCAGUAUGAUCUCAGAACAGCUCCCCUCCUAAAGGACACCAGCAGUAUGAUCUCAGAACAGCUCCCCUCCUUUGUAAAGGACACCAGCAGUAUGAUCUCAGAACAGCUCCCCUCCUAAAGGACACCAGCAGUAUGGUCUCAGAACAUCUCCCCUCCUAAAGGACACCAGCAGUAUGAUCUCAGGACAGUUCCCCUCCUUUAUAAAGGACACCAGCAGUAUGAUCUCAGAACAGCUCCCCUCCUUUGUAAAGGACACCAGCAGUAUGGUCUCAGAACAGCUCCCCUCCUUUGUAAAGGACACCCGCAGUAUGAUCUCAGAACAGCUCCCCUCCUAAAGGACACCAGCAGUAUGGUCUCAGAACAGCUCCCCUCCUUUGUAAAGGACACCAGCAGUAUGAUCUCAGAACAGCUCCCCUCCUAAAGGACACCAUCAGUAUGAUCUCAGAACAGCUCCCCUCCUUUGUAAAGGACACCAGCAGUAUGAUCUCAGAACAGCUCUCCUUUAUAAAGUACACCAGCAGUAUGAUCUCAGAACAGCUCCCCUCCUAAAGGACACCAGCAGUAUGGUCUCAGAACAGCUCCCCUCCUAAAGGACACCAGCAGUAUGGUCUGAGAACAGCUCCCCCUCCUAAAGGACACCAGCAGUAUGAUCUCAGAACAGCUCCCCUCCUAAAGGACACCAGCAGUAUGGUCUCAGAACAGCUCCCCUCCUUUGUAAAGGACACCCGCAGUAUGAUCUCAGAACAGCUCCCCUCCUAAAGGACACCAGCAGUAUGAUCUCAGAACAGCUCCCCUCCUAAAGGACACCAGCAGUAUGGUCUCAGAACAGCUCCCCUCCUUUGUAAAGGACACCAGCAGUAUGAUCUCAGAACAGCUCCCCUCCUAAAGGACACCAUCAGUAUGAUCUCAGAACAGCUCCCCUCCUUUGUAAAGGACACCAGCAGUAUGAUCUCAGAACAGCUCUCCUUUAUAAAGUACACCAGCAGUAUGAUCUCAGAACAGCUCCCCUCCUAAAGGACACCAGCAGUAUGGUCUCAGAACAGCUCCCCUCCUAAAGGACACCAGCAGUAUGGUCUCAGAACAGCUCCCCCUCCUAAAGGACACCAGCAGUAUGAUCUCAGAACAGCUCCCCUCCUAAAGGACACCAGCAGUAUGGU